AUGAAAAUUAUCAUCAGUUUUAUGGGCAUGCUUACCCUACCUUCGCCGCAAAUCGAAACCAACGACGCGUCCUCUGCUGACGAAGAAUUUGUCGAAAAAGAGCAACCCAUAGCGAAAAAGCAAAAAUCCAAGGCUGUUGGACAGAAACGCAAGCGUGCUGCAGCCGUAGCGGGGGACGACGAGUCAGGUGGCGAGAAGCACGACAAUGAGGAAUCGACGUUUGAGCUGAGCAACAAGCGACGAAUUUUUGUCAAGCCUUUUUCCAACGGUCAGCCGUCGGUUGACAUCCGAGCUGUGUGGUUUGACAAGGAAAAUGAAAUGAAAUAUGGCAAGCAAGGCAUUACUCUCCCACUGGCGCAAUGGGAACGCUUGAAGGAACUCAUGCCUGAAAUCGACGAAGCAAUCAAAAAGAUCAAGAACUAG